AUGAAUAUCACAAAAGCUUAUGUGAUUUUUUUCCUUGUAGUGAUAUUAACAAACUCAUUGUCCAACUCCGGCGUUUUGGCUUCAUCGGUGAUGGAGACAUCAAAAAAUGAUGUAUGCUCUACACCAUGUACAAUAAGGUAUGGAACGUUUGAAUGCUUUCAUGACUGUAUCCUCGAGCAUUACAGAGAUGGAAAUUGUAUUAAUGGAAGAUGUUGUUGCAAAAAUGAUAGAAAUCGAUCGAUCACCAAUUUGAAGGACUGAAUUAUGUUUUUCUAGCAUGAGAUUUAUGUAUGCUCUUCAAUGAAAUAAAACUAUAUUAUCGUU